AUGAUUCUACCAACCCAAUUGCAUCCUCUCUUCACCAUGUCAAGUCAAGUCACCCUCCAUUGCGUCCGCCACGCCCAGGGUUAUCACAACCUUGGAGCUGAAUUCUUCAACUUGAAGGACCCCGCUCUGACACCUCUUGGCGAGGAGCAGUGCGCCAAGCUCCGACACGAUCAGUUUCGGGAUCAAUCCAAGAUAAGGCUUGUCGCAUCUUCUCCUCUGGUCCGAGCCAUCCACACAGCAUGUCUCGUCUUUCAGCCUACCCUUGAGACACAAACUCUUCUCGCCAUUCCAGAGGCACAGGAGAUUUUUGACUAUGGGAGUGAUACUGGAAAAGAACCCGAGUUUCUAAAGGAGACAACGGAUAAGCAUGGAUGGCCUGUGGAUCUCAGCCUGGUUGGUCGUGGUUGGAACAACAAAGACCUCGAUGGACCAAACAGUCCCGUCAGUCCUGCCUGCGCAGCCCGCGCCCGCACAGUUCGAAGGAUACUCCGGGAAAAAGCCAAAGAACUAAGCAAAGAUACGGACGAAGAGAUUCACAUUGCCCUCGUAGCUCACGGAAGCUUCAUGCACUACCUGACCAACGAGUGGGAGAACAGCACACGCGGCUGUGGCACGGCCUGGAGAAAUUGUGAGGCGAGAGCCUACAACUUCAAGGAUUUUGACGAUGAUGGGGCUUGGCUCGUUGAGACUGCUGAGAGUAGGGAGAGGAGAGGUGUCGAAGGACCUCCUGCGUCGUUGGAGAGGCAAAAGGAGUUGUAUGAGGAGACUAUGGAUGGGUGGGUUGGGCAGGGGUUGCCAGAUUUGAGAUCCGUUGCUACUGCGUCGGCCAAGGAGCCUCGGUCGAAACUGUGA